AUCCUGUUGACGCAUGAAUGGCGUGACGUCCAACAAAGUAGUCCUAUGCAACAUUUUGGGUGUAAUAAGAAUAUUCCCAACAAGAGCUUUGGUGACAUAAGCUUUGACGCAAUAAACGGGCCGGCUUGAAAGGGAAACCGGAUUGGCCUUGCGCCGUGUGUGUCGCCCCCGGGCGCUGCCUUUUGGGGAGACCAUGAUUACGCACAAAAGGACAUAAGCCACAUGUGAAGUGUGCACUUUCCGAAGGAAACGAUCACCUCAGAUCGAUCUCCGCCUCUACACCUAAUGGAUAAAAGAUCGCUGCACCUACUGUGAAACAAAACAGCAGGGUGUCAGCCUCCUCAGUCUCACAAUUUGAACACUGAGGGGACACAGACGCUGACGGCCAUGACGACUAUCAACCCGCAGACACUUGCCCCCGAAUCCAAUGCCUUUGGCUACUACCAAAACAUGUGGAAUCAUCCAAAUAACUAUUUUCCUUCAAUACAAGAAGUACUGUGAGCUAACAAGCGAACCCACAGGAGGUCCUUUCUGUUAUCAGAAUGAGGGAGCACAGACGGUGGCAACAAUGGCUAUGCCAAGUACACAACCAACACAACCUCUGUCCAUUCCAUACUGCACUGAGAGGCAGGAUAACUUGCAGAUGCAAUUUGCUCAACCGCUGGCAGGGGACAUGACAGCCACGCAGCUACAAUACGCCAACUCCAUCCUCCCGCAGGGCGUGGCACAGGGCAGCGGUCCACGUAACCAGUCGGAACGCAGCUUGAUGAAAAACAGGGAAGCCGCUCGCGAGUACAGGAGGAGAAGAAAGGCCUACGUGCAAGGCUUGGAGGAACGCGUGGCAAAGCUGGAAAACCAGAAUAAGGCUCUGAAGGAAGACCUUAAAAAAUGGAAAGAAAUGUGCCAUCAUAACGGCCCUUGAAGGUUGUCAAAAGGGCCGAGUAGACUUGUCAACGUCACCUAAUUUACUUAAUUUCAAAAAUGCUGCUAUUGGAGGGUGCCAAGGAGGUUAACCAUCUUAUUGACACACCGUGGAGCGAACUCGGGGUUCAGUUUCCCGCUGAACAGGUCCGAUGAAGUUGGUUUGAACAAGCCAUCGCUCGAUAACAUUUGACCCACUCCGCUGCCGCGGGAGCGCUGUGCCAGAAUCGAAACGGGAGGGAAAAAAAUCAUCAUGAACUGUGCUGGAUCACAUUUUUGCACUCAACUGUUGUGUAUAAUGGUCAGAAUUAUAUUUUGGAAUGUUAUACGCGAUAGUAUAUUUUAGAAUUAUGUACAAAUCUUUACAUAUUGAUGUGGAACAAAAUUGUUGACUGGAAUUUGUUAAGAGCAUUUUUCAGCCAGCAAAGAGUCGUAAAAGUAACAUGAAGUCCCUCUGUUGCCAGGGUAACCCAUUACUCUAGUUAAAAAAAAAUACUAUAUAACUCCCAUCUAUUACUAUCUAAGCAAUGGUAUACUUGGGUCUGGUACACACAAAUAUAAAUCUUGACUGGUUUGGGUUUUUUUGUCCCAAGAAAAAUGGGCGAGAAUUUUAAAUAGUAACUGUUCAUGUGUUAAAUAUUAUAUCCCAUGGGGGUGCAUUGACAUUGAAUCAAACUAACCAAUUAUGAAGUGAACAAGCCUGGUUUUUAGGAUUUAACAGGAAAUUUGGGUUUUCUCUUACAGACCUCGUUUCCAGGUUGCUGCUGUUCCAUUUUUGUAGGUAAUGUUGAUUCAUGCAAGCUUUGUCUAUUUUUUUAUGCAUGUCAUGUCGUGUGUUGGAUUCUAUUUAUGCAUGUGGUAUGGUGUGUUAUUGGCACACACUACAUGCUGUUUUCUUUUGUGUGGUUUAAUUGCAUGAU